AGCAGAGACAUGGAAGAUGAUGGUCAACGACUAUGGGGUACUGUCAGUGCUGCUCCGGGAGAGGAAAGAGCUUCGCCAAAUGGACGGAAGGUGUGGGAAUUGAAAAUAAAGCGGUUGAUGCGCCGCGCCGCCUGCUCCGGCGCCUUGAAGUUGGUUGGCUCGAUGCUCGCCAGGAAGCUCUUGUACAGCUCCUCCUUGAACUUCGGCAUCACCUGCAGCUCGUUGCUCACGAACACGGAGUUGCCGAACUCCAGCGCGGAUUUCGUCUUGCGGUUCUGA